CAUCACUCUCACGAGAGAGAGUCCAGGGGAAAAAAUAAAAAUCGAAAUGGCCAUAAACAUAUCUCUACUCAUUUCCCAUUUUACCCCUUUCAUCUCCUUAUAUUUACUCUUCCACACCACCACCACCAUCUCCGCCGUUAACAUCACCCACCUCUUAUCCCCUUUCCCCGACCUCUCCGACUUCUCCGCCCUCCUCUCCGCCACCACCGUCGCCGCCGCCCUCUCCCACCGCUCCUCCCUCACCCUCCUCGCCGUCCCCAACUCCUUCCUCCGUUCCUCCUCUCUCCUCCGCCCCUCUCCGCCCUCCAACAUCGCUGACGUCAUCCGCUACCACGUCCUCUUACAACACCUUACCCCCAACGACCUCACCGGAUUCUCUCCCUCCGGCAAACUCGUCCCUACUCUCUUCAAAACCACCUCACGCGAUUCACGCGCCACUAGCAACCUCGGCUACGUCAACGUCACCUACGACGGUCAAACCAACACUACCACCGUCAGUUCACCGGCGGCGUACUCUCAGCCGCCUAACUCCGCCACCGUCAUCUCCGUUAUCAAAACGUUAAACCACAACGUUUCGAUCUUCUCCGUUAACUCGCUAAUUGUUCCGUACGGUUUCGAUCUGUUAACGUCGGAAACUCGACCGCCGUUAGGGCUUAAUAUUACAAAAGCAAUAACUGACGGUCAUAACUUCAACGUAGCGGCGUCAAUGCUAGCUGCAUCUGGAGUCGUUCAAGAAUUUGAAUCCGACGAAAACGGUGCCGGAAUCACAAUGUUUGUUCCGACGGACGACGCGUUCGCCAAUUUACCAGCAACGGCGAACUUCCAGUCGUUACCGGCGGAUAAAAAAGCUGACGUGUUACGUUUCCACGUGUUGCAUUCGUAUUACCCGCUCGGGUCGCUGCAAUCGAUUGUGAACCCGGUUCAACCGACGUUAGCUACCGAAGAUAAAGGUGCUGGAAUGUUUACAUUAAACAUUUCUCGGGUUAACGGGUCGGUUGCUAUCAAUACGGGUAUUGUUAUUGCUUCUGUUACACAGACUGUUUUGGAUCAGAAUCCGGUGGCUAUUUUUGGUAUUUCACGGGUUUUGUUACCUAAAGAGAUAUUUGGGAAAAAUGACGAAAAUGCCCCUGUUGGUAAUGGAGCUCCGUCACCCGUUUCGUCGUCGUCGCCGGGGGAUUUUCCGCCGGAAUUUUUUGUUCCGUCAUCGCCGCCGGCGAAUAGAGAAGAAUUGCACUCGUCGGCGACGGUACGGUGUGUUAAUUUUGUUGUUUUUUGUACAGGAUUGUUGUAUGUAUUUGUAUGAUUUUUGUUCAAUUUUGUUGUCAUAUAAUUGAUUACUCUAUAAAUUAUUGAUUGAAAAAUAGAGAAAAAAUUGUUUAAAAA